AUGAACCAUCAACUACUCAGAAGAGCACUUAAUACUAUAUAUGGUAGAUCAUGCACUAGAAUUAUACGGCAUUUCCAUUCAUUAAAACCACUUAGCCAAGUAAUCUCAUUACCAUCAUCUGCAAACGAUCAGAUUUCCACUACAAAUAAACUCAUACCUGAAUUUCAAGCCGCGUUUAAUAAUGUCAAUAAUCACCAGUACAAAUUACGAGAUUACCAAGAAGAAGCAGUUAAUGCCGUCCUUGAAAGUUUAGAUAGUGGCAUAAAAAGACCUGCUGUGGUAAUAGCAACAGGUGGAGGUAAAACAGUUGUAUUUUCACAUUUAAUUAAUCAUCUAAAGCCCUUAGAUUCAAAACGAGGAAAUAAGGUCUUAGUACUAGCACAUACGGAAGAAUUAAUAGAUCAAGCAGCUAAUAAGAUUAGAACUAUGAAUCCUCAAUUGAAAGUUGAUAUUGAAAUGAGGAGAUUAAAAGCUGGACCAGAUUGUGAUGUAGUGGUUGCAUCAGUACCAAGUUUGAAAAGUAGGAAAAGAUUGGAAAGAUAUAAUCCAAUGGAGUUUAAAAGUAUUAUUAUUGAUGAAUGUCAUCACGCACCAGCAAUUUCUUACAGGAAAAUUUUGAAGUACUUCAAAGCUUUAGAUGAUAAUCCUACAAUUAGUGUGAUUGGAUUUACAGCAACUUUUAUUAGAUUAGAUGGACAAGCUUUAGGACAUGUUUUUGAAAAAAUAGUAUUUGAAAGAUCUUUAAGUAAUAUGAUAUCAAGUAAAGAAUUAGCUGAUGCUAGAAUUAGUGAAGUUCAAGUUGAUAUGAACUUGAAUAAAGUUUCACGACUGAAAGUUGAUUAUGAUUCUACGAGUUUAUACAAUACAAUGAAAGAAAUCGAUUUCAACGAAAAACUUAUCUUGUCGUAUUUGAGACUACAAAAGGAUACUAAUUGUAAUAGUACAUUAAUCUUCUGUGUUAGUAUUGAUCAUUGUUAUGAUGUUUGUUCUCAACUUCAAAGACAUGGAAUUAAUGCACAAUAUGUUACUGGUCAAACAUCGAAGACAGAAAGAGCUGCAAUAAUUGAGGAUUUUAAACUAGGUAAAAUACCAGUGCUAUGUAAUGUUCAAGUUUUUACUGAAGGUACAGAUAUGCCAAAUAUAGAUUCAUUAAUUUUAGCAAGACCUACAUUGUCAAGAUCAUUAAUGGUACAAAUGAUCGGUAGAGGUUUGAGAUUACAUAAAGGCAAAACUCAUUGUCAUAUUGUUGAUAUGGUUGACAUCACAAAACAAGGUAUUGAUGUGGUGCCGACUUUGGAAGGAGAAGAUUUGGCAAGUGCUAAAACUUAUAAAGAAGAAGAACCAGAGGAGGAGAAAGAAGAAGAAGAACUAAUAGAGAACCCGACUUGGACUGACAAUAAUAGAGAAAAGGCUAUAGCUCGAAUAUUGGAUUAUCAUAGAAAAGAAAUCGUUACAUUAAAAGAGCAAGACCGUGUAUUUUCUCCACCUGCUAUAUGGUUUCAAGAUAAUGAGAUUACUAAUAGAGUUUUACUAAAAGGUAAAUAUCCGUGGACUGUCAUUAAAAGUAAUUCCACUUGGGGGAUGCAAGGUAAAAAUGAUGAUUACUUUAUAUUAAACAAAGUCGUCAGAGAUGGUAAAUAUUUAUUUGAGGUACUGCAUCAUACUCAUCUGACUAAAAUUAAAAACAUCAUACAUACUAGUGAGAAUUUACUUAAUAUUUUCCAGUCUUUAAAUGAAAACUAUAAAGCUCAUAUGGAAUACGCUGAAAGGUCAAAUACAUUUGCAAGAAAAGCCAGUAAAAAGCAAGUUGCUUGGAUAAUGAUGUUAAUUGAUAAAAAGAUUGACUCGUUUAUGAGAAGGAAAAACGUGAGAAUUUCCAAAUUAGAGUUUUCAGAAUAUGUUUCAAAUGUUUUGCAAAAUGAAAGGCAAGCUUUAACUGGUAAAUUAAUUUUUGCUUUAAAGUAUCAAGGGGAAAAUGAAUAUGAAUUGAUUAAGUGUGCUCAAGUAUUAAAUAACGCGUAUAAAGUAUACAAUCUGUCCUAA